GGGGCAGUUUGGUAAUAAAUACCACCCCUAAUUAUACUUCAACAUUGUGGAAGCGAAGGGUAUUUAAAGUCAAAUCACAAUCCCAAAACCAAAGGGCGGGAAAAUCAAAAUCCCCAAAUCGCAUGCCCAUUUUUCAAUUGGAAUACGGAUUCACAACCAGUGCCACCAACAACAGUACCUAUUGAAAGAGCACUUCCCGAAAUGGCAGGCGGCGGCGGGCGGCCGUUAAGGGCGCUGAACGUGGCGGAGAAGCCGUCGGUGGCUAAAGCGGUGUCCGGUAUACUCUCGAAGAAUCCGUCAAGCGGAGGGCUGAGGGUGAGAGAAGGCCGGUCCAGAUACAACAAAAUCUUCGAAUUCAACUACGCCAUUCAGAACCAGCAAUUUCAAAUGUCGUUCACCUCCGUCACCGGACAUCUCAUGGAGCUCGAGUUCGAGGAUCGUUAUCGCAAGUGGCACUCAUGUGACCCCGUCGAUCUCUACCAUGCCCCCGUCAGGAAACAUGUACCGCAGGACAAAUCGGACAUUGAAAAGACACUGGAGGAAGAAGCUAGAAAGUGUCAAUGGCUUAUCCUGUGGCUUGAUUGCGAUAGAGAAGGAGAGAAUAUAGCAUUUGAGGUGGUAGAAGCUUGCCUACGAACGAAUCGUAAUCUCAACAUCUGGAGAGCUCGUUUCUCUGCCCUAAUUGAUAGGGAAAUUCACGAUGCAGUGCAGCACCUUGUUCGCCCUAAUCAAUUGUUUGCCGAUGCUGUAGAUGUUCGACAAGAAAUAGAUCUUCGGAUAGGAGCUUCUUUCACCCGGUUUCAGACUAUGCUUCUGAAAGAUGCAUUUGUUCUUGAUUUCGCUACUGAGGAAAGAAAUGUUAUUUUAAGCUAUGGUCCUUGCCAGUUCCCUACUCUAGGAUUUGUUGUAGAGAGGUUCUGGGAAAUCCAAUCGCACGAACCUGAAGAGUUCUGGACUAUUAACUGUACCCAUAAUUCAGAAGAAGGCACCGCUACAUUUAGCUGGAUGCGAGGGCAUUUGUUUGAUUACACAUGUGCAACGAUAAUAUACGAAAUGUGUGUGCUGGAACCCAAUGCAACCGUAACAAAUGUUAGAAACCAGGAGAAGCCUAGGUAUCCUCCUCAUCCUCUGAGUACAAUAGAGCUUGAAAAGCGUGCUUCACGUUACUUCAGAAUGAGUUCAGAGCAGACCAUGAAGGUAGCAGAAGAUCUAUAUCAAGCUGGUUUUAUCAGUUAUCCUCGUACGGAGACUGAUAGCUUCUCAGUGAGAACAGAUUUGCAUACAAUUGUACAAGAACAGCAAGGACACCCAACAUGGGGCUCAUAUGCCCAGCGGUUGCUGGAUCCUGAAGCAGGUCUCUGGAGAAAUCCGAGCAGUGGUGGACACGAUGACAAAGCUCACCCUCCCAUUCAUCCAACAAAAUUCUCUGCUGGAGAAUCAGGAUGGAGUCAGGAUCAUCAUAAAGUGUACGAGUUGGUUGUUCGUCAUUUCCUGGCUUGUGUUUCUCAACCAGCCAUAGGUGCCGUAACUACAGUUGAUAUUGACAUUGCCGGUGAACAAUUUUCUGCAUCUGGGACAGUGAUACUUGCUAAAAAUUACUUGGAUGUGUAUCGAUUUGAAACUUGGGGAGGUUCUAUGAUCCCAACAUAUAAUUACGGGCAACAGUUUACACCCACCACGUUAACUCUUGAUUCAGGAGUCACCAGACCUCCGCCUCUUCUAAGUGAGGCUGAUUUACUAAGUUGUAUGGACAAUGCAGGUAUUGGAACAGAUGCGACAAUGCAUGACCACAUAAAAAAGCUUCUUGAUCGCUUUUAUGCCACUAAAGACUCAAACAUGCGUUUCUCACCUACAAAACUUGGUGAGGCACUAGUAAAAGGUUAUGAUGACAUGGGUUAUGAAUUGUGGAAACCGAAUCUCCGCGCUAUGAUGGAAAGUGAUAUGAAAGCAGUUAGCAUGGGCACAAAGAGAAAGUCUGAAGUUCUGGACUCUUGCCUACAGCAGAUGAAAGCCUGCUUUGUGGAUGCUAGAUUAAACAAAGAAAAGCUGUUUGAAGCGAUGGAUGUUUUCUUUGAGAGAUCAAAUAGAGCUAAUGGCAAUGAGCAGCAAGCAAUUGGGGAGGUUGUUCGAAAAUGUGGUCUCUGCCAAGAAUCAGAUAUGGUCCUUAGGAAAAAGCCGGAUGGAAACUUCAUGGUUGGUUGCUUGGGCUAUCCUCAAUGUAGGAAUGUCGUCUGGCUUCCAGGAUCUGUAUCAGAAGCCACAGUUACCACAACCAUUUGCAGUACCUGUUCUCCAGGACCUGUUUACAUGAUUCAGUUCAAAUUUCGUCGGCUGGAAAUACCACCAAACUACAAUGUUGAUCAUUUGGGCUGCAUUGGUGGUUGUGACGAUACUCUAAGGCAGCUAGUUGAAAUAUGCGGAACUGGAUCACGCACCACCUCUAGUGUCCCUGGGAGAGGACAGGGGCAUACAUCAUCAUCCAGCAGCGCCCAGCAAAGCAAUUAUAGAGAUCAGGGUGCUUGGCAAACAGCUUCUUCUGCUUGGCAAACAGCUUCUGGGUCACAUCCUUCUCAGAGUUCACGAGGUCGUAGUGCACGAUCUCAGCGAGCUGGCGGUGCACCAGAUGGAGAAUCUUCAAUUCCAUGUACCUCAUGUGGUGCAUCUUGCAAUCUGCGCACUGCUAACACUGAAGCUAACAAAGGGAGGAAGUUCUAUUCAUGCCAAGCGCAGGGAUGCAGCUUCUUUGUUUGGGAAGACAACAUAAAUAGUGGAGGAACAGCCGCACGAGGAGGCGGGGGUAGAUCAGCGUCCACUACAAGUAGGAGAGGAGGUCGAGGCAGGGGUAGCCGAGGUGGAGGAAGGACAAAUGACGUGGCAUUUGUUUCUGCUACAGGCGAGCCAAUAUCUGGCAGGUGUUUUGUUUGUGGCGAACCAGGUCACUUCUCAAAUGUUUGCCCAUGUCGUGGUAGGUAAAUACUUCCCUGGUUUCUUCUAUCAAUUGGGAUUUUAUUUUUUUCCGUACAAAAGGAGAUCUCAGUCUUAUAUUAUGUUCAUCAACUUAAACCAUCUGUAGACAUGUUAUUUGUCUAGUUGAUUGAUUAGAUUUUCUUUUGAGGCUUUGACAGACAAAAACUAAUUUAAAUGUUUGUUGUGUUAUCCAUCUAUUAUUGGCUCUUUUAUUUCUG